UAUUAAGUAAAUAACAGUGUGUGGAUCAAUCGGCUUAAGAAUGAUGCCAAACACAACAACGAUCGAAAGCCCUGCGAUGAUCAAGACCUCAUCUGGCGGAGCCUGGCAAGGCGAUAAUCCUCUUAGCUAUGCCUUCCCUCUGCUAAUAGUUCAAACCAUUUUGGUUCUCCUCGUGAGUCGCUUCCUAGCUCUCCUUCUCAAGCCACUCCGCCAACCUGGAGUCAUUGCCGAGAUUUUAGGUGGGAUUUUGCUCGGACCAUCGGCGCUAGGACGCAACCAAAAUUUCUUGAAAUGGGUUUUUCCUUCGUGGAGUCUUCCCAUUCUGGAAUCUGUGUCCAGCAUAGGCCUCCUCUUUUUUCUCUUCCUGGUUGGUCUUGAACUCGACUUGUCAUCCAUCCGCCGAAGCGGCCGCCGAGCUUUCACCAUAGCUCUGGCCGGUAUAUCCCUUCCUUUCAUAUUCGGCGUGGGAGUCACCUUUCUCAUCCGCCAAGCCAUCAAGGGAGAGGAAAAAGUCGGCUUUGCUCAGUGCCUAGUGUUCAUGGGAGUUUCACUCUCCAUAACAGCUUUCCCUGUCCUGGCCCGCAUCUUAGCCGAGCUCAAGCUCCUCACCACUCAAGUUGGAGAGACGGCCAUGGCGGCAGCAGCCUUCAAUGAUGUCGCCGCCUGGAUUUUACUAGCUUUCGCUGAAGCACUCGCCGAAGGGAAUGACAAUAAUAAUAAUAAUAACAAUAAAGAGAGCAGUCCCUUGGUCUCGAUCUGGGUUCUGUUAUCGGGCGUAGUGUUCGUGGCUUUCAUGAUGCUCGCGGUUCGACCCUUGAUGAACUGGGUGUCAAAGCAAUGCGCAUCCCAGCAGGAAUCUGUGGACGAAGCUUAUAUAUGUUUGACUUUGGCAGGGGUGAUGGCGUCGGGUUUCACGACGGACAUGAUCGGAAUCCAUUCGAUAUUCGGAGCAUUCGUUUUUGGGCUGACGAUUCCGACAGGGGGUGAGUUCGCAGGGAGACUGAUAAAAAGGAUCGAGGAUUUCGUGUCGGGAUUACUACUGCCGCUCUACUUCGCGUCGAGCGGGCUAAAGACGGACGUGACAAAGAUAAGAGGGACAGAGUCGUGGGUGAUGCUGCUGCUGGUCAUAUCGAUGUCGUCCGCUGGCAAGAUUUUGGGAACGUUUGUGGUGGCCAUGCUCUGUAUGAUUCCGGCCAGAGAUUCUUUGGCUUUGGGAGUGCUUAUGAAUACCAAAGGUUUGGUCGAGCUUAUUGUUCUCAAUAUCGGCAAGGAGAGGAAGGUCCUAACCGACGAGAUGUUCGCCAUUUUGGUGACGAUGGCCUUAGUUACGACCUUCAUGACGACACCAACAAUCAUGGCCAUCUACAAGUCCAAGCCCCCAUCACAAAUAUACUCUUCUAGUAGUGCCCAAACCACUUCAACUUCAAAGCUAAACAAACAGAAGGAGAGCCAGCUGCGAAUCAUGGUUUGCGUCCACGGACCCGGAAGCCUACCCUCCCUCGUCAACCUCAUCGAUUUACUCCAAAAUUCACCGCUCAAGCUUUAUGUCAUGCACCUUGUCGAGCUCACUGACCGUUCUUCCUCCAUCAUGAUGGUCCGCCGAGCUCGCAAGAACGGCUUUCCCUUCGUUGACCGAUUCUGCCGAGGCGGCUCUGCGUUGCAGAACCAAGACCAAGUCGCUGCGGCGUUCGAGGCCUACAGCCUAGUCCACAGCCAAGUCAGCGUUCGCCAUACGACGGCCAUUUCAGGGCUAUCCUCCAUGCACGAGGACAUACUUCAUGUGGCUCAAGCCAAGAGGGUGUCGAUGAUAAUUUUGUCGUCCCCGGCGGAUUUGGGAAAUGGUUGGAGAGGGGUCAACCGGAGGGUGCUGAAGACCGCACCGUGCUCGGUCGCCGUGUUUGUGGACCGCGGCUUCGGAUUGAGGUCUGAGUCUGAUCAGAUGCUUUUUGCUUCUUCUAGUACAUCUAGUAGUAGGUCUGAAACAACUACCAAGAUCCCAAAGAAGAAGGUGUGCGUUUUGUUUUUGGGAGGACCUGACGAUCGCGAGGCCUUGGGGUUGGCUGCUAGGAUGACUCAACAUAAGGAUGUAAUGGUCACUGUGGUCAGAUUAAUAAGCAGAUGUUGUGAUGAGCACCAACAUAAUAAAAGAUAUAGUUGCUCAAUCUCCAUCGUGAAUUAUGAGGAGGAGAAGGAGCUCGAUGAGGUUGCCAUGACUGAAUUGAAGACGAAGUCUUCAGAAGUUGAGUUGAUAGAAAAGGUGGUGGAGAAUGACAUAACAGAGACGGUGAAGAGCAUAGGACAGAGUAUGGUGUACGAGUUGGUUAUUGCUGGAAAGGAACGGUUUCCAUUAAGCAUGGUACAUCCAUUGAAUCAGAUUAUUGAUGACCAAGCUGAGUUGGGGCCCAUAGGAGACGCAUUAGCUUCUGCCCAAUAUGGCAUUUCUUGCUCUGUCCUUGUUGUGCAACAACAUACGGCGCCACUACUGCUGUCCAACAAGGAUGGGAUAAUCGUAAUGGACAAAAAUGAGGAACCAUCUCUUGUGUGAAACUAGGAUUUGUGCAAAUAAAUAUUUAUAAAUAUAUUUGGAUUAAUAUCAAAUUACUCUACUAGCUAUCUUGUGUGUGAUUAAGACUAAAAAAAAUCUCAGCACAAGAUUGCCCGCGUUAAAGGUUGCAAAUAUUGUUGAACUUCAUUUUUUAUGUAUGAUUUGGAUUCUUACAAUACGGAAGUUUCUAACGAUAUAUAUAUUUA